CGGCCAUCCAGCAGCCGGCCACCCAGGGACCGCCGAAGGGACCGGAUAUGACCUUCAAGUAUCCCAUACCACUGCCCGAGCCGAAGAAACCUCUCCCCAAGGCGAUGACCGAGGAUGAAAUGGAUGAAGCGAUGGCAGAUUAUGAAUUUCCGCCAGAGGAGACCCCCCUGCAGAAGGCCCUACGGGAAGAUGAGGAGCAGAAUGCGAAGAAGAAGCAAGGGAAUAACAUACCAAUGAAGUCCACGUCGACUAAAACAAUGUUCAGCAAUCCGCAGAAGGAGACGCCCAGCUAUCGUAUUCAGCAAAUUGCACGCGUGGGCGUAAAAAAGGAUCUCUGUUCUGCGGCUUUAUCUGCCAUUGUGGAUCUCCUCUGACCUGCUCCAGCGUUCAGCAUUCCAGUCACUCGUAAAUUAGUC